CCCUUUUUGAAGUAAAGACUACGUCAACGUUUCGUGUUGUUUUUUUUUUCGUUAAGUAUAAAUAAAUAUGUCAGUUCCUUCCUUUCGUCCAAGCAUAAACGACGUGGUCUUCACGAUUUUAUUUUAAAUCCGAGAAGGUGCUUAAGUUUUCGCACCAGAACGAACAUUUUUGGUCCUAUCGACCGGAUUAGACAGUACACGGAAUGGAAGACCGCGUUUCCUGCCAAAAUUUGUUUUAAUUUGUGAGUUAUCGUCGCUUUUCCGUCGUUCACCAUCCCAACACCGAGUUGAGGUUAUGGUUGAAAGUGCCGAGUAUGUCGUCACCGAAAAAUCUAUCGUCGCCGUCGCGAAAUAACAUACCGCCGCCGAAACAUGUCGUACAAACACCGUCGUCGAAACAAGCCUUUGCACAAACACCGCCUCCGCCGCCGCCGCGUACAUGGGAGAAAAAUAAAUACCCGAGCGAAAUGCAAACCCCGAUGGCUGCGAAUACUAGUUCGGUAUUUCCAAUGCGGCACGUCAAAAGUCGAGCAUUGAUUGUGUCCAGUCUGCAAAGAAUAUAUUCCUUUGUGCAGAAUUUCGAUUCAGAAACGAUGUCCUUGUCAGAGCUGGAGAUCAGAUUAGAGAUUCUGCAAAGCAUCUAUGGCAAAUUUAAUACAGUUCAGGAAGCCAUCAUCGCAUCUGCUCAAACUGAAGACGUCCUACAGAACGCAGAUGAGCAGGCGGAAAGGUUUGAAGGAGAGAGUUUGAUAGCUCCAGCAGAACCCGACUACAGCAACAUUCCGACGAACCGGCUUUCAAUGUAUCAGAACAUAAAACAACGGCAACAAGUAUUUUGGAAACGUUUCUCUGUGGAAUAUCUUAACACCUUGCAACAAAGGAUGAAAAACCGACGAUUAUCGCCAAACUUAUAUGUGGGACAAUUGGUCAUAAUUAAGGAGGAUAAUUUGCCGCCGCUCAAGUGGGCAAUGGGCCGCAUUGUCAGUUUGCACCCGGGAAGCGAUGGAUUAGUACGAGUGGUGGAGAUUCGUACUUCCGGUGGAGUAAUGAAGCGGAGUAUUUCCAAAAUAUGUCCUUUACCAACGGAGCAACAGUUGACCGAAUUGGAGAAUGAUCAAGCUGGUCACGUUAACGCCGGGGGUGGAUGUUCGCCCUUUUUGAAGUAAAGACGACGUCAACGUUUCGUGUUGUUUUUUUUUCGUUAAGUAUAAAUAAAUAUGUCAGUUCCUUCCUUUCGUCCAAGCAUAAACGACGUGGUCUUCACGAUUUUAUUUUAAAUCCGAGAAGGUGCUUAAGUUUUCGCACCAGAA